AAUUUACCUGAAAAAGAUCCAAUGAAUAUGAAGAAAAACAUUUUUUCAGUUCGUUUUUCACGUUUGAGCGAUUUUAACAUAACAGAAAGGACAAAACGAUUGAACUCAUACGCGAAGGUGAUCAUCACGCGAAAUCCAUACGAUCGAUUAUUUUCAGCGUACCAAAAAUAAAUAAAUUUGUAACAUUCAAUCCAACUUAUUGGGCUCGUGCUAAGAAUAUCAUCAAAAGACAUCGCAAGGAUCCUAGUGAUCGAUCCCUCCGCUGCGGACAUGACUUGACAUUUGAGGAAUUCCUCUUACACGUCAGUGGGAAUCCCCAAAAUGUUGGUCACAUGGACUAUCACUGGAAACCACUAACAGCAUAUUGUGAUCCAUGUUCAAUUAAAUAUGACAUCAUCGGAAGAAUGGAAUCAUUCAAUGAAGAUCUUCAAUAUUUGUUAUGUAAAAUCAACGCUGAAGAUAAAAUUAAUCUACCAAAAGCCAACACACUGGCUCUUCGAAAAUGCAACGUUAAACUAGAAGUUUCAUUUUCAGUCACAAGCAUAAAAAAGAUGAAGGGCAAUUGUAUCCCAAAAUCGGAACUGGUGAAUAGAUUGGUUCAGAAUAUGGUAAACCAUGGCUACAUUGAACCCAUUGAUAAGAUUCGCAUGGCGGAUAUCCCGAUUGAUUACACACAACAAGACCUAGUGGAGUAUAUAGGCAGACACAUGAACAAGUCUACAACUGAAAAAUUACUCAGUCUACCCAAGUUGGCCCAAAAUAAAGCAUUCCACGACGUUUCACC